AUGUUCAAGACCUCUGCAAACCUCCUUAGUUCUGGGAUACCAGACCAGCCCUUUAUGAGUGUUAGCGCUUCGAUGUCUAUGACGUCCACACAGGGGGGUCGCACGCGGGCCCGGCCUGAUGAUUUUGCACGCCAGUUGGGAAUAGAGGAGGUUGAGCCACGGACAUAUACGCGGUCGAGAUCUCAGGGUCUUCCGAUCAAAUUUCAAAGCGUAUCAGGCCUUACAGGGCCUCCCUCGCACUAUGUUGUGGAGAAUCCUCUUAUGGACCCCAGCUUGCAGCACAGUGCUGCGGCCCAGAUGGCAGACCUGGAGCCUUCGUUUAAGGUAGAGCAAUUCUUUAAGGUCGAUCAUUCCCCCAAAACAACCCGCGACCCCGAGACGUUGAAUGUACAAAUUCUGCGAAAAGAGGGGGACGGCACCACUCAAAAGGAUCACCACCUCACCACGCCGACCAAGCGCGCAGCUACCAGACGCACACCAGCCCUGAGCGACCCCAAUUACAUAGAGAGGUACAGGGAUAGAUUGGUGGCCCCUGUUGACUCUCUGAGCGUAAAGAAAGAAAGUAUGAUGAAAACUAUCGGCUCCAAGAAGCAGAAAACGCGUGUGGAAGAGCCACAACAUAACGAUGAGUGGUUCAAGCGCCAGCCUACAUCAACCACAGCACACACAUUCAUGUUUCACGCAAACAAUAUAAACAAAGAUAUUCGUGAGCAUAGGCGUGAGGUUGACUAUGUCCUGGCUAAGGACCCUGUGAACCUCCACAUAAGCACGUUCAAGCGAGGAACCGAUACCCUGCUGUAUGAUAACCGCGUGGACUCCGUCACGGGUGUGUCCACGGGGUCUUUGCUUCCGACGUCAUCAUACUUAACUUCUACGCCGAUCACAAACAAUCUGCGUGCUAACCUGAGUAAGAUAUCCAAGCAGGGCUCUAGAAUCAGCGAUUUUUGA